CAUUUACUCCGUUUUUGCUCAUUUAUGUGCAUGUUGUUGCUGGCAGUCUAAACUCUCAAGCCGAUACUGGAGAAGAAUGUGGAAGCUGAAGACGGCGGAAGGCGGGAGCCCAUGGCUGCGGACGCUGAACGGCCACGCCGGCCGGCAGGUUUGGGAGUUCGAUCCAAGCCUAGGCACUCCGGAAGACUUAGAGGAGAUCGAAAAGUUCCGUCAGAAUUUCCGCAAUAACAGAUUCCAACAGAAACACAGUUGGGAUCUUCUCAUGCGUCAUCAGUUUGCUAAGGAGAAUCCCAUAAGUACACUGUUACCACAAGUAACAGUAAAGGACAAUGAAGAUGUUACAAUAGAUAAAGUAACUACUACCCUGAAAAGAUCAUUGACUUUCUACUCAAGUAUACAAGCUGAUGAUGGUCAUUGGCCAGGAGAUUAUGGAGGUCCAAUGUUUCUAAUGCCGGGUUUGGUCAUUGCUCUUUCUAUCACUGGUGCAUUGAAUACAGUGUUAUCGAAAGAACAUAGACGCGAGAUGUGCCGUUAUCUUUACAAUCACCAGAAUAGUGAUGGUGGCUGGGGUUUGCAUAUUGAAAGCCAUAGUACCAUGUUGGGUUCUGUUUUGAGCUAUGUUACCUUAAGGCUGCUUGGAGAGGGAGCUAAUGAUGGAGGUGGAGCAAUGGAGAAGGGUCAGAAAUGGAUUUUGGAUCGUGGUGGUGCUACUUAUAUAACAUCGUGGGGGAAAAUGUGGCUCUCAGUGCUUGGUGUAUUUGAAUGGUCUGGAAAUAACCCCCUUCCUCCAGAGAUAUGGCUUCUUCCCUAUAUUCUUCCAAUCCAUCCAGGAAGAAUGUGGUGCCACUGUAGGAUGGUUUAUCUGCCUAUGUCCUACUUGUAUGGUAAAAGAUUUGUUGGUCCAGUUACACCAACAGUUUUAUCUUUGAGGAAGGAGCUGUUCCCAAUCCCUUAUCAUGAAAUUAACUGGGACCAGGCACGAAACCAAUGUGCAAAGGAAGAUCUCUUUUACCCUCAUCCUGUAGUACAGGACAUACUGUGGGCAGCCCUUGAUAAGCUUGUUGAACCUGUUUUGAUGUGUUGGCCUGUGAACAAGUUGAGAGAUAAAGCUCUUCGCACUGUAAUGGAGCAUAUACAUUACGAAGAUGAAAACACUAGAUACAUAUGCAUUGGCCCUGUGAACAAGGUAUUAAAUAUGCUUUGCUGCUGGGUUGAAGAUCCUAAUUCAGAAGCUUUCAAACUGCAUCUACCAAGGCUCUACGAUUACAUUUGGGUUGCCGAAGAUGGCAUGAAAAUGCAGGGAUAUAAUGGCAGCCAAUUAUGGGACACUGCAUUUGCUGUUCAAGCAAUCAUUUCUACAGACCUUGUUAAAGAAUAUGGCAAAACUUUGAGGAAAGCACAUGAAUACAUAAAGAACUCCCAGGUAUUAGAUGACUGCCCAGGAAAUCUCGACAGCUGGUAUCGUCAUAUCUCUAAAGGAGCUUGGCCUUUCUCGACUGCAGAUCAUGGAUGGCCCAUAUCAGAUUGUACUGCAGAGGGAUUGAAAGCAUCUCUUGCAUUAUUAAAAUUACCGCCAGAAGCUGUUGGGGAGCCAUUAGACACCAAGGGCUUGUAUGAUGCUGUAAAUGUUAUACUCUCGUUACAGAACCCAAAUGGGAGCUAUGCGACCUAUGAACUCACAAGAUCAUAUCCAUGGUUGGAGUUAAUCAACCCUGCUGAGACUUUUGGUGAUAUUGUCAUUGAUUACCCCUAUGUUGAGUGCACUUCAGCUUCAAUUCAAGCACUGAUGGCAUUUAAGAAAUUGUUCCCCGGACAUAGGAGGGAAGAGCUGGAGCAUUCAAUAGAAAAAUCUGCAAAGUUCAUCGAAAAGAUUCAAAAACCAGAUGGCUCAUGGUAUGGCUCUUGGGGUGUUUGCUUCACUUAUGGCACAUGGUUUGGGGUAUUGGGCCUCGUGGCUGCUGGAAGGAAUUUCAACAAUUCCAGUAUCCGCAAGGCUUGUGACUUUCUGUUGUCCAAACAACUUCCUUCUGGUGGCUGGGGAGAGAGUUAUCUAUCCAGCAGUAAAGGGGUUUAUACAAAUAUUGAAGGCAACAGAUCUCAUGUAGUACACACGGCAUGGGCUUUGUUGACCCUCAUUGCUGCUGGACAGGCUGAGAGGGAUCCGAUGCCAUUACAUCGUGCUGCAAAAUUAUUAAUUAAUUCUCAGUUGGAAAAUGGAGAUUUCCCUCAACAGGAAAUAGUUGGAGUCUUCAACAAGAACUGCAUGAUAUCAUAUUCUGCCUAUAAGAAUGUAUUCCCCAUAUGGGCGUUGGGAGAAUACUGCAGCCAGAUUCUGAAAGCCCGCAUGUAGAGUGGUUACCGUUCCAAUUUUGCCCUCCAAUUUCGUUUCUGAGGUAAAUGUAUGGACAUAAGGUUAAGGGCCGUAUAAUAAUAAUAGACCUUUUCAUAUAAAUAAUAAAUGAUUACAAGGAUAUGCAUUUCAUUUUUAUUUUAUUGUGGAGUGUUUUUACGUGUAAAUGUCCAUGUCAUUUGAAUGCUCUUAAUACCGUUUUGGUUC